CUUCCUUCAAAAUCACCCCACAAAAGCUUAUUAAAUUUAAAACAUCGUUUCCAUUGAAUUUCAUUAUAUGCACUUGCAUACUAUAAAUAACCCAAAAGUAGGCAUACUUACAUACAAGCCGGCUACAAUAACACAAGUAAUUAAAAUUAAGGAAUAGUUUAGAUCUUGACAUAUACAAUGAGUUCCUUUAACGUUGAAGCCCCUUCGAAGCUAUCCCAAUUUCCUCCCGAAGGAGAAUGGACUACUGGCUUUCAUGACUGUUGCCAUGAUCGCAAUCAUUGUUUGAAAACAUGUUUCUGCCCUAUGAUCACCAUGGGAGAGAUCGCUGAAAUUAUUGAUGGAGGCACAACAUCGAAGCAGAAGGCAUGUUGCCUGUAUAGUUUUCUUCCGGUUGGAUGGAAAGCAAUGUAUGCAGCUGGAUAUAGAAGAAGACUGAGGGAAAUGUUUAAACUGCCAGAGGACCCACACAGUGAUUGUCUAGUUCAUGAAUUUUGCUGUGUCUGUGCCCUUACUCAAGAGUUUCGCGAGCUUAAGAACCGUGGAGCUGAUCCUUCCUUAGGAUGGCAAGGCAAUUUGGAGAAAUGGAAUCGGGAAGGACUGAAAGAGCCCCCAAUCCAAACCCGCAUGGCUCGUUGCUAGCCUGGCCCAUUCUGCGUGAAUUAGUUCAGUCGUGAUCAAAUAUGAUGCUUAAUAUUUCGGUUCAAGGUUAUUUUCAGCCCUUUGUUGUACAAAUUACAAAAGUUCUACUUUCUUUUUCGUCCUUUUUCAUUGUGAAAAGGAUUCAAUUAUGUAUUGCACGUCUCUCAUUGUGUAAUAUUAGUAUUGUUUGGCAUGUUCGAUGUCUCGCUUUACCUGUUUUAAUAUUAAUUAUAUUGUAGUGUAUAUUUAUGUAAAAUGUUAAUGUAAAGUAUCCACUUGGAUGUGUUAUAAAUAAAGGUUUGCUAAAAAUCUAAAA